AUGGGGAUGGGGAUAAUCUUGGACGACAAUCUUAAGAAAGGAGUUCUGAGCGUAAUACGAAGAUCAGAUAGAAUCAUCUGGUUGAGAGUUGAUUUGGGAAGAGAAAUAGUGAACAUCGUGAGUGCCUAUGCCCCACAGACCGGCUGCAAUGCGGAGGAAAAGGAUGAACUCGAUGACGAAUUGAAAAAGAUACCAACGAGUGAAAAGUUAUGGAUUGGAGGGGACUUUAAUGGAAAUGACAACAUUGGAAAAGAGGAGUAUAUUGGCAAACAUGGAAUUGACUACAUUUUAUGCAGAACCAAUGAAAAAGCGAACAUCAGAGAUUGCAAGGUUAUCUUAGGUGAGAGUGUAACGAGCCAGCACAGACCAUUAAUCUGCACGCUGAGUGGGAAGAAAUUAGAAUUGAAGAAACUUGCAGGUAUAUCUAGGACAAAGUGGUGGAAACUGGCAGAUAGAAAUGCCCAAAACGAGUUUGCUAGCGCAGCAAUGGUUAGGCUCACCUUGAGAGAGAGUGAAGGAAGUCAGAACUGGGAGACUGUGACAGAGGACUUAAGGCAGUUGGGAGAGGAACUCUUGGGGAGAACAUCAGGAAAAAGCAAGACGGACAAGGAAACAUGGUGGUGGAAUGAGGAGGUACAACAACACAUCAAGAUAAAGAAAGAAACCAAAAAGAUUUUAGACCAGGAGAACAACGUAGAAAAUAGAGAGGCCUACAAGAUUGCCAAGAAAGCAGCCAAGAGGUCUGUAGCGAGAGUAGAAGCAAAGGCCUAUCAAAGGUUAUAUGACGACAUGGAAACCUUAGAUGGACAAAAUCGUGCACUGAGGAUUGCUAAACAGAGGGACAAGAACUCAAAGGACAUAUACCAGACAAAGCUAAUCAAGGACGAAGAAGGAAACGUCCUGGUAGAGGAUGCAAUGAUUCUUAAUAGAUGGCGAGCUUACUUUAGCAAGCUUCCGAACGAGAUAAAUCCAAGAAUGAAAAGGCAGGAGCCCCAGCGAAGCGUAGAAGAAAUACCGGAGAUCGCGUUAGAAGAGGUGGAGAAUGCUCCGAAAAAGAUGAAAAAUGGCAAAGCAGUUGGCCCAGACAAUAUACCAGUAGAGGUUUGGAAGUGUCUAGGAAAAACUGGAGUGGAGUAUCUGACGCGUGAAUUUAAUAGCAUCAUAAACAUAGAGAGGCUACCAGAGCAAUGGUGGAGAAGCACGAACAUACCAAUAUUCAAGAAUAAGGGGGAUAUCUUGGCAUCAAGCUUAUGUGUCAUAGCAUGA